GUAUAAGACCUGACACCGAGGCGUCGAAGAGGACGCAUUAAAGAGCGAGCUAACGGCGGUGGAGCACAGUGUCCGCGUCAGAGGCGACCCGUGCGGACUCAUGCUGGCUGGGGACACCGAGGACAUGUAACAUCCUCCGCCUGCCUGUCCGCCUCCAACCCCCCCGCAAACACUCUGACAGCCCACGGGGAGCUCUUUUGGAAAAGUGAAAUAAACGCAGCAAAAAGAUGGCCGCCAAGGAGACGACCAGCAGCGGCGUCAGCGUCCUGUCGUGGGAGCAAGUGAGUCGCCUGGACGAGGUCCUGAGCGAGGUGGUCCCCGUCCACGGCCGCGGCAACUUCCCCACGCUGGAGGUGCGCCUGAAGGACAUUGUGGCGCGGGUGCGCUCCAGCCUGGCGCUGAGCGGCGUGGGCGUGAAGGACGUGCGUCUGAACGGCUCCACGGCGAGCCACGUGCUGGUGCAGGACAUCGGCUGGAGCUACAAGGACCUGGACGUCAUCUUCAGGGUGGACCUGCCGCACGAGGCCGAGUUCCGCCUCAUCCGCGACGUGGUGCUGGCCACCCUGCUGGACUUCCUGCCCGAGGGCGUCAACAAGGAGAAGAUCACGCCCAUGACCUUGAAGGAGGCCUACGUGCAGAAACUGGUCAAGGUCAACACGGAGCAGGACCGCUGGAGCCUCAUCUCGCUCUCCAACAACGACGGUCGCAACGUGGAGCUCAAGUUUGUGGACUCCAUCCGCCGGCAGUUCGAGUUCAGCGUGGACUCCUUCCAGAUCGUCCUGGACUCCAUGCUGGCCUUCUACCGCGGCGAGGACGCCGCCGCCGCCAUGACGCCCGCGCUCCACCCGGCCGUCAGCGGCGAGAGCAUGUACGGCGACUUCCAGGCGGCGCUGGGCCACCUCCGCGACAAGCUCAUCGCCACCAAGCGGCCCGAGGAGAUCCGCGGCGGCGGCCUGCUCAAGUACUGCAACCUGCUGGUGCGGGACUUCCGGCCCGCCAGCGAGGACGAGCUGAAGGCGCUGGAGCGCUACAUGUGCUCGCGCUUCUUCAUCGACUUCCCCGACAUCGGCGAGCAGCAGCGCAAGGUGGAGGCGUACCUGCACAGCCAUUUUGUGGGCGAGGAGGCCAGCAAGUACGACUACCUCAUGAUCCUGCGCCGCGUGGUCAACGAGAGCACCGUGUGCCUCAUGGGCCACGAGCGCCGCCAGACGCUGCACCUCAUCUCCCUCAUGGCCUUCCGCGUGCUCGCCGAGCAGAACGCCAUCCCCGACGCCUCCUGCGUCACAUGCUACUACCAGCCGGCGCCGUACGUCCGCGACCACAACUUCAGCAACUACUACGUGGCCAACCAGAACAUUCCCACCUGGCUGCCCUGCAACUGACGCGCCCCGCCCCUCCCCGCCCAGCCCCGCCCCGCCCAUGCUGCUGCUGGAGGAACCGUACUGAACUUCCUCUUUGUCAUUCCCGCCCGGAAAAAUCAUUUUUACAUCUUUUUGUUCCGUCUUUGCCUUCAGCACGGCGUGAUGAUGAUGAUGGUGGUGGUGAUGAUGACGGUGAUGAUGAUGCCGCCUUCAAUGCAUGACAAAAAAGUAGAAAAAGUUUAAUGAAAGGCAAAGAAUCCCAAUUGCCAAGUUUGGGCCGGGGCGGGGGGGGGGGGGGUCUGCUUUUGGGCCAAAAGGAAAAUUGACUUUGGUUUCUUUUUUUUCUUUUCCAGCGUGAGCUGGAAGUCCACCAGAGUGGGCGCUCUGUCUUGUAUUCAACUAUCUCUGCAGGGGCCACGUGAUGAUGGCUUCUCAGAAGGAGCCACGCUGGGUGGGCCACGCAGGGUGGGCGCACCUGAAACUGGACCCCGCUGCCGCUAUAAUUAGACCCCCCCCCUCCAUGCUGCCUUCUAGAACCCAUGUGUGGUCAUGGGGCCAGGCGGCCGGUGCGCCACUUGGCUGCCAUGUUGGCCCUUUUGGCCUGACGCGUGGCUGCAAGCCCCGCCCCCUCAUGAUGACAUCACGCCAUUGUUAUUAUUAGCUCAUCAUUUUAGCCACGCUUGGCAGUGAUGGGCGGCAGUUGGGGCCAAGCCUGUCGGGAAAUAACUUUGUUACGCAAGGGUCACCAACCCCGUGUGCCGCCCCCGCCUGCCGCCCCCGCCUGAGCCCCUCGCAGUCCAUCCGUUUCUCGGAACGGUGUUUGCGGCAGAUAACCGGCAGCACCUCUUAUCUGGCGCUGAGAGGGUCGCCCCCCCCCACCCCCGCUCCGGACCAAAUAGUUGAAGUGGUUCAAAACCGCUGGAGAGUGAGAUCCUGUCCCCUUUUUGUUACGUGGGCGCAGCUUGUCGUGUCAUUUUGGAAUGAUGUGAUUGAAUUAUGAAUUAGAAAUGAUGAAUUAUGACGCCCGGCCCAGGAAGUCCUUUUUUGUUGCUUAGUUUGGACACUCUGACCUCCCCCCGUUUCAGUUCGCAUUUUUAUUUUCUUUUGGUUUUUUGGUUUGAAGUUUUUUUUUUUUUUUAGCGCCCCCCCCCCCCUGCUGCGCCCCCUGGUGGCGUUGGCCCCACCCUGAGAGGAAUGUAAAUAGCUCACUGCUCAGGGACGGAACCUGUUGUGUUUUUUUAGCGAGGCAUAAUCGUUGUAGAGCGCACCCUAGCGCACCCCUAGCGCUCGCUGUGGCUCGUCAAAGCUUCUUGGCUAGCUUGGCGCGACAUUGGCGUGCGUCCUGUCGGGUACGCAGAUUAGCCGAUAUCAUCCUGCUGGGGCUCACUUCCUGUUUGGACGGCGGUUUCUGCGCGAUGGCGCCGCCUUAGGAUUGGGAUGGCAACCCCCACCCCCUACCCCCCCACCCCCUACCCCCACCUCCACCCCAGACUGCCUUUGUGAGCUUUUUUGGGUCUUUUUGCCGCCUAGGAUGGCGAUAGCUUCCACUUGUGUCCAGCGUGCCUGUCAGACAGUCGUCAGGGUUAAAUGCCUUUGGGAGAAAAAGUGAGGAUGUCAGCGACUUUUGUUUAUUUUUCUGCUGUAAACUCUUCGUAGUUACAUUUUUCGCUACUGGCGUCAGUGGCGCCGUGGCGUGGGUGGAUGGUCCGUGGCGACACGUGUGUGUGACGUUCAAGUCUUAACGCCGAGAGGACUUUCUCAAGAAUCAUUUUCUUUUCUUUGCAGCAGAUUUGUGUUGAUGAGCGUGUGUGUGUGUGUGUGUGUGUGUGUGUGUGUGUGUGUGUGUGAGAUUAUGAAAUGUGUCAAUCUUGAGAUUAUUUUGUAAAAAUAGGACAAGAAAAAAAGAUCUUUUGUCGCAUUGAUGACGGUGAUGAUGACAUUUUUUUUCUUUCCUCAUUUGUCGGCACCUUGACCUCGUUGGACUUUUUCCUUGUGGAUGAAAAUAUGCCUGAAGAGGAAAUGAUGAAUAAAGACAUU